AGCUUGGGCAUGUGGGCGAGUUGUGCACAUUCAAAUUAAACAUCUUUCUAAUGACAUCCAUCUGCAUCUUGAAUACAAGUAAAAAAUUGUAAGACAGCCUGUCAGUGAUCAAGGCCUUCUCAUGCAGCUCACCCUACUGUUUGGCCACUGGCCAGCCCAGAGAGCCCGUGGAAGAAAAUGGCCCCGGAGGAAGGAAUGCACAGGUUAAACAGAGGACAGCUUUUCUGAAGGGUGAGAGAAAUCAGGCUAACACCCUGCCAAAGCCCUCUCCGGUACAUGGAGGAAUGAAGCAAGAUAGAAGGGGAGGCAGAAACUGCAGUAGGCAGCGGCCUGCUAUUCUCAUUGAAGCCUGUAUGCCCUAAAAGCUGAAACAGAAAACAUUUUUGCUUCAGGAUCAGGUCUGCUUUGCAUUGAGGACGUCUCUGUGGAGAGGCUGGGAGAAACCAGGCAGGAAUUUCCUCGGAGCUGCAGCACCUAAGCCAACCAAGAGGGCAUGUCAGCCUUCAGUGCUAGUGCUACCACCAAGCCCUUCCCAAAAGUCUGGAGGAGUCCUUGGGGAUCACGUACAGGAAUGGCUUGUGCCCUAAGGUGUUGACAAAUGAAAGAAAAGGAGGAGACAGCAGAUGGAAUCAGCAGCUGGAGUAUCUGCAGAAAAUAAGGCAGCUCUGACAGGCGCGCCAGCAAGGCUUUUGUCUGGGAGUCUUACUCUGUAUCUUCUGCCAUCACAAAAAAUAAAAAAAAUAAUAAAAAAAAAUACUGAGUGAAUCAGAGACUUUUCUCUAGUGUUGAAAGACACUCAUGAGACCACUUCUUUCAUCAAGUGGAACAUCCUGAAGAUUCACAAGCUGUGUUACCAUCAUUUCACAGAAAAUUCCUAGAAAUCCCUGAAAACUAGGAUCUUUACAACUCUUGUUUCUUAAUGAUACAUCAUUAUACUUGUCAACAAGCAGCUUAGAGCAGAUCUAUUGCACCCAAAAAGACAGAAGCAGCCUCUCUUGAGGUCAACUAUCUGAGCACACAUGCAGGAAUCAUCUCCAGGAGCAGCACCAGAGGCCCCAGUAGAACCCAGGGGACAAUACAUCACAAUGUGCCCGUGCACAAAAGCUGCUGGCACGGUGAUCAGUGCAGCAGCCAUGGUGCAGCAGAGCUGUGGUGCUCCCCGGGCACGGACAGCCUGCAGCAAGGCCCCUCUCCCUCGCAGAGCCAGCGGGUGCCACGCACUGGCAGAGGGCAGGAUGGUGUUCUCAGGCCCGGAUGCUAUACGUGAUCACAGAACAAGAAGGCCUGAGCACACUCACUACAUAGGAUCAACAUCUCCGGCAAUAGAAGGUAGCAGUGAUGCUGGCUACUUGUGGCGGCCGGCCUCCUGCUUCUCAUCCCCACUGCAUCGCCGAUGUCAGUAUGCCACAGAAAUCGGGUGGGGAGUGAGAGAGCUCAGCUAUUUCACCUGGAGAAAUCUCCAGAGCGGAGCGCAGAUCAAGAGAGGACAGAUCUGGCAGGCUGCUGAAGAUCAAGCAACACACCGAUACCAAAGUCCAUGGCAGCCAGCUCCCUGUGUUCUUGAACGUCAAGGCCGUGGCGCACGGGCCCGGCUGGCCUGGAAUCUGGGCAGGUACAAAGGCUGCCUUGAACCUCAUAGCGAGCGGCCAGUCACGAUCCACACUACUCCCAGCCACCAGCACAAAGGGAAAAGGGAUGUCCGCUUCAAAAGAAGUUAAAUUAGUUCAGUUCUCCAAGCUCCAGAAGAUGAAAACAAGAAGCACAUGCAGAACCUCCUAUU